UGCACUUUGUUAAAAAAUCACCGAGCUCUCAUGACCCAAGUGCACAGACGUUGUACUAGUAAACUAAACUGAAGAUGCCAACCCAAAGUGUACUUAUCCGAGAUUCCUCUUUUCUGACGAGGGUACUGCAGCAGUACUUGAGUUUGUUAAAGAAAUAUCCAAUCAUCACCAAAUCGGUUACGAGUGGUAUUCUCUCUGCUUUGGGAAAUCUACUGUCUCAAGCUUUGGAGUACAGGAAGAGCAACAAAGAAAAUAGCCCAAAAAAGAAAAUCAAUGUACUGGGACCUGUACACUUUGCAAUAUUUGGACUUUUUAUCACAGGUCCAGUCAGUCAUUACUUCUACCAUCUCCUGGAGGUGCUGUUGCCUAACACUGUCCCAUACUGCCUGAUCAAGAGCCUGCUGCUGGAACGUCUAAUAUUCGCUCCUGCUUUCCUCUUGCUCUUUUAUGUGGUUAUGAAUGCUUUGGAGGGCAAGACUCUCGCAGAUGUUCAAAACAAACUUAAAACAAGUUACUGGCCUGCGAUGAAGAUGAACUGGAAAGUUUGGACCCCAAUUCAGUUUAUCAAUAUCAACUAUGUACCUGUACAGUUCCGAGUGCUGUUUGCAAACCUGGUUGCUUUAUUCUGGUAUGCCUAUCUAGCCUCGGUCAGGAAAUGAAACCACAAAACCAGCUACAGUAGGCCUUGGUUGAAUCCAAUUUGUGCCUUUAAAGGACUUCUGCGCGUCGGAUAUGUUUUAAAUGUCUUCCAGGAAAACUGAUGGGGAAUAUUGAUCAGUUUCUGUAAAAUAACUGUGAUGUGGAUCAGUAAUGAGAUUUUAUUGCUACUUCCACUGAUGGUUAAUGACUUGUUGCUCUGUUAUGAAUCAUUUUAGAAAAAAAAAAUCUGCUUAUGUCUUUCUUCUGCUUGUGGAAGCACCUGACAAUGAUGUCAGGGUUUUGAUUGUUGUAUUUGAUUAAUUAAAAUAUAUUGAUCACAAACUUAUUUUAGCGGUUACUAUUACUACUGCUAUUAUCUUCACUGUGAGUUGAUAUGCAUAAAUAGCAGUGAUCUUGCUAAUAUAUUUUGUGUACUUUCAUAGCCAGAUAAAUGCAUACAAUGUUUUUAUGACACUUGGUUCAAAAUAAUUACCAGCACACACACACAUGCACACCAAUAAAAAUGUAUUGUAAUUC